AUGGUAUUUGAGAAUGGCACAAGACCUCACUUUAUAAACUACCGUCAUUCUGCCAAACGAGGUACUUUCCCCAGUGUCCUCGUUAUGUUAUAUUUAAAUACAGGCCAUUCGAACAAUACUUUCGUCAGGUCUUUGAUCAUAAAGGCAAUAUCAUCUUUCUCCGUCAUGCCUCGUAAAGUCAAGAAAACCCUGGAGUGUAGCCUGUGCUGCAAGCGCUUCAGCAGCCGGAGCAAUCUGAACACACAUUCCAUGCUCCACGCCGGGGUCAAGCCGUUCUCCUGCGAUAUAUGUGGGCAGCAAUUCAGUCAAAAGGGUAAUCUUCUGAGACAUUCUUCGCUGCACUCCCACAAGAGGAAGUUGUUUGGAUGCGACGUUUGUGGAAAACACUUUCUUCAUAAGAUUAAUCUGGUGAGACAUUUUGCUGAACACAAGAGGGAUUCAUCAGAGAAAAGGGAGCUAUCUGGAAAUGAUAUAGCCAAGACAGAAAUAUCUUUGAAGUGCAACGUGUGUGGGCUUCAGUUCAUGAAGAUACAGAACCUAAUAACCCACUUGAAGGUGCGGCACAUCCAGCAGAGUACGGAGAGAGUAUGA